AUGGCAAAACGCACGCUCGACGCAUUCUUCAAGCCAUCAACCACCGCUCCAAAACGACCUAAAAUCGAUCCCAUCGAAUCCAACACCGCAAUCACAAUCUCAACCCCAGAAGCAAACAAUAUCCCAAUCGAGGACACCAAACCCCCAAGCCAACACCCAAGCUACCCAAUCCCAAUCGCCCAACUCCCUCCCACAUCGAAGUAG